AUUAUGUCAACAUCUGGCGCCGUCUCAGUUUUCUCAUCUCCCCUCCCCAUGGCUCCAGUUUCUCUCUCUUCUUUCUCCCAUACGCCUUCUGUUGUUCCUUCGCCUUGUCUACUACAGCUUUACCGGCGAAUCUUACUUCCUCGCAGAACGCUUGCCUGUUUCUCCUCCACUUUGACUUCUUCUGCUUCGAUCACGUCUUCGUCAAUUUCGGCGCCAAAAGUAGUGGUUACCAGAGAGCGCGGCAAGAACGGGAAGCUCAUCGAUGCUUUGGCAAGACAUGGAAUAAACUGUUUGGAGCUUCCCCUCAUUCAACACAGUCAAGGACCUGACUUGAAUAGGUUACACUCUGUACUUAGUGAUUCUGUAUUUGAUUGGAUCAUUAUAACCUCCCCUGAAGCUGGCUUGGUGUUCCUACAGGCAUGGAAGGCCGCUGGAAUGCCAAAAGUUAGAAUAGGUGUUGUUGGAGCUGGUACAGCUAACAUUUUUGACGAAGUGUUGCAAUCAUCAAACUUACUUGAAGUGGCGUUUGCACCCUCAAAAGCAAUAGGCAAGGUCUUGGCUUCCGAGCUUCCGAAGUUGGGGAAUACAAAGUGCAGUGUCUUAUAUCCUGCUUCUACCAAAGCAAGCAAUGAUAUUGAGGAAGGCCUUUCAAAUCGUGGAUUUGAGGUCAUGAGGCUCAACACCUAUACUACGGCACCUGUUGAUUACGUUGAUCAAUUCAUUCUCGAGCAAGCACGUUCGUUGCCUGUUGUCACAGUGGCUUCACCUUCUGCGAUUCGCGCAUGGGUCAACCUUAUUUCAGAGCCGAAGGAGUGGGAAAAGUCACUUGCCUGUAUUGGCGAAACAACUGCAGCUGCCGCAAAAAGAUUAGGAUUAAAAAACAUAUACUACCCUAAGAAUCCUGGCUUGGAAGGGUGGGUUGAUAGUAUAUUGGAAGCGCUAAGAUCAGAAGCUCAAGUUGUUUGAUCAAAGCAUCUCAAACAUCGGGUCGUCAUGGAAUGAUCAUCGUCCAUUUGCCCAAGUUCUUCCAGGUUAGGAAAACGGAACUUUUCUCAGAAAAUUAAUGAACAUUUUGGUUCUUCUAUUCUCUUUUUUGUUAAUAGAAUGCAAUUUGUAAAUUCUCAAUGAAUAGGAUAGGUCCGUGUAGUAAAAAAGAAAAAAAAGAAAGAGUAUGAUAGGUGUAUCGCUCUAUUGUCCAAUGUCCAAUUUUCUUUCUUUUGUCCUUCCUCUUAGCUUUGGUUUGAAGAAAUUAAGUUUAGUAGCUCCAACUAAUAAAGUUGCCAAAACUGUUUGUAA